CUACUACUCAACCAGAUACUUUCAGAUACCUUGUCGAGGUGUAUCAUCGCUCCCAUAUCGUAUUAUUCUUCGGUUACUUGUUGUAUAACUUGUGCUAUCCGACCCAUCAAUAUGGCCUCUAGAAACAUCAACGUCCAUCCUACGGGCUACCACCCUUCACUGCUAGCCGAAACAACUUUCGACAUCAUCAUCAUAGGCGGUGGGCCUGUCGGGAACUUUGCGGAGGGCCGUCUCGCCAAAGCCGGCCUGAGCGUUGCUGUCAUUCAACACGAGCUAUACGGCGGCGAGUGCCACUUCUUCGGGUGCAUCCCAUCGAAGGCACUUCUCCGCCCUGUCGAAGCGCUCGAAGCAGCAAAGAAAGUUGGCGGAGCUCGAGAGGCGGUGGGUAGCAAGACCGUGGUUGACCACAACGCCGUGUUCAAUAGGAGGGACAAGAUUGUCGAUAACUGGGAUGACAACAAUUGGAUCUCCGUCUCCAAUGGAUCGAGUGGUGCGAAGCUUGUUCGAGGGUUUGCCAGAAUCGAAGGGACCAGGAGGGUGAGUGUGCAGCCAAAUGGCGAGACGCAGAGGUAUAUGCUUGAUGCUAGAAUCGCGGUUGUUGCUGCUACGGGCUCAACCCCUAUUGUGCCGGAGAUAGCGGGAAUUGAGGAGUUGAUACCAGGAAAGGAGUUGUGGAUCAAUCGCGAUGCUGUGGCCUUCGACAAAGUUCCCGAGUCUCUGAUUAUUGUCGGCGCGGGGCCCGUCGGAUGCGAGAUGGCGACGUUCUACUCCGCCGUAGGGUCCAAGGUGACGUUGAUCACACCACAUGCAGAGAUCCUAGCUACGGUUGAGCGCGAAGCCACUGAAAUUGUACGAAAGAGCUUGGAAGCCCAUGGCGUGUCUGUGAAGUUGUCGACACGAGCUGUCAAGGUGAAAAAGGUUGCUGCCAACAGCUUAGCCGUGGAAUUAUCCAACGGCGAACAGAUCACGGGGUCUGUGCUUAUGAAUGCGGUGGGGCGGAGGCCUAGGACUCACGACUUCGGGCUCGAAACUGUUGGGUUAGCUGGAGGUGGUCUUCCGUUGAAAACAGAUGCAUCGCUGGCGGUUCAGACGCCAGGUUCCACAGAACCUUGGUUGUUUGCCGUUGGAGAUGUUAACGGUCUCGGUUCAACAACUCACAUGGGAGUAUACCAAGCCCGCAUUGCCAGCAACACUAUUCUGUCUAUUGCCAAAAAGCAAGAUCAAGCUGCCAAGUUGGACCUCCCGACUGGAGUAUCCGUUACGAAGUCGAAGCAUCUCGAUAGCACCUUUCCGCGAGUCAUCUUUACAGAGCCCAAUAUUGCUGCCGUUGGACACACAUUGGCCUCGGCUCAGACUGCAGGCUUAAAGGCCAAGGCUGUUGACAGCAACUUCUCCAUUCCUGGAACGUGGUUAUAUGGAGAUGAGCAACCCGGCUGGGCUAGGUGGGUCGUUGAAGAAGGAACAGAGAAAUUGCUAGGAGCGACAUUUUGCUGUAUUGAGGGAUCCGAAUUUGCAAAUGCUAGUCAAGUGGCUAUCAUGCAAGGUAUGGCCUUGACUGACAUGGUACAUGUGGUUCCUCCGUUUCCCACACGCGGGGAGGUGUGGACGUACUUGUUGAAUGCGGCAGGAUAUUGA